AUGGAGGCUGACUUCAGGAGCACCUUUGUUGGGCAUUCGUUUCAUAGCUUUGAUGAAUUCUAUUCGCUUUUUACCUCAUUUAUGCAUCGGAACAACUUCAAUUUUGUUUGCUGUAGCAGCAAAAGAAGCAAGUAUCAUAGCAUGAGGUAUGAUCGCAUCGUUUAUAAACGCGUGCGCUGUAAGCGCCGGAAAACAAGGAGCAAAGGAAUACGGCGAGUCUAUUCCAGAGACACCGAUUGCAGUGCUCGUGUCAAUGUUGCUCGGGAUGGCCGUAGGCUAAAUGUGCUAACGUUCCAGCUCUCCCACAACCAUAGAUAUGACAUCGACUGCACAAAUGACACAUGCACUUGCGCAUUUUACGGGCACAUGUGGCUACCGUGCGUCCAUUUAUUGAUUUUAUAUAAGGAGAAUCAACAUCCG